UCUUGCACAGCUGGUUGGAAAUUCUUAGACGGUUCUUGUUACUUCUUCUCGAACCAGACCGCUACAUGGUUUAAGGCACGCAAGCGAUGCAAGGAACAUGGGGCCGACCUUGUAACUGUAACUUCGGAUGCUGAAAAUGCAUUCAUUGUUUCUCAUUACUCAAGCCUUCGAUGUUUGUCCGAGGGGGCCUGGUUGGGGCUUCGUCGGCAUCCCAAGAAUGUUACGCGAUGGAUUUGGUUGGAUGACUGGGAAACUGAAUUGAAGUACACGAAAUGGCAUCGAAAAGAACCAAUGAACAAUCGCAUUGAUAGGAAUUGCACGGAAAUUCACCCAACUAAAAGUAUUUACUGGUAUGGAAGCCCAUGUCACGUGCAAGGAUGUUACAUAUGCGUGAGAGGUGAGUAACGCUUGGAAACAGUGUCUGAACUACACUCGGGGGUACUACUUAUAAUGGCCAAUACGGAGAGGCCCCGCCUUAAAGGGGUACCUCUUUCAGGCUUCACGUCUAUAAAAGGGUAGGGAUUUCACUAGUUGAGGUAUAUGAAAGGAUAGGGAAAUCUGUCAUUUUGAUCAGUGAAACCACAGGCCUCCCAAGCUCACGUUACGAGUGUGUCAGGAUAUUUUCUCACAAGAGAGUCGGUGUCGCGUUACAAGCGACCGUUAAGACUUUGUAUGAGAAAUAAAAUACUGAGGUCUGCGAACACUAAAUAUCAUUUUAUUUUUACUUCUUUUCUACAAAAUAAAUAACGGAGACUUACCUCAAUAACAGCCAAAAAACCGACUAAAUCGAUGAAUUCACACCAAAAAACACAGGAAAACAUCAAAGAUAAGUCUCCUUUAUUUAUUUUAUGGAUAAAAGUAACGAUAAAAUGACGCAACAGCUACUCUCUUGUAAGAAAAUAUAGAUAACACACCCGUAACGUGAGCUUGGAACGCUUGUGGUAGAACAGGCUAAAACAGAUGCAUUUUAUGGCAAUGAAAAAGUCGAGAAAACGUUCUGGUUUUGUGAUUGUUUCAUAUUUUUUAAAGACGAUGCAUUUACAGCAGUUAAAAGGGAAGCAAAGUUCUAAACUAGGUAUGUGAAAUGGGUACAAUUUGUCAGUGGAAGAUAUACGAAAGAGUUACCUUUUGUGUCAAAAAUGCGAUAUAAAAGGGUAAGAGGUCGGACCUCGGAACGAAGCCUCUCAGUAAAAAACUUUGUCGAGUACUUUCCCCUCAGGUAACUACACCGAAAAUGACUGAGACAAAGAUUUGACACUAGCGGCUUCAAACAACACAUGUCAGAAGUGCCUGCUUAGAACGCUAAAUAGGCCUGUUGGUAAACAUAGAAUAAUUUGCACAGGAACCACGCGAAUGGUAGAGCUAAGUUUCGAUAAAGAAUACACUGGGAGAUAAUAACCACAGCUGAGAAAUUGAAAAAAAUUGAUGAUGAUGAUCAUUAAUAAUCAGUUACACGAAAGUGACAAUGCGAAAGUAGAUAUGAAAAUCUGCGGAAGAUCUUUCAGCUAAGGUCAUUAACGCAUUAGCGAUGAACUCGACUUUCGAUCUUUGGCCACGGUUUUGUUUUGACUCUAGAGGUGGGGUAUAUUUUACCUAGGUCUUCCUUCUCAAUUUUACAGCAAAUUUAUGAAAUAGUUCGAACGGAAAAAUUGUGGCUUAAAAUAACACAGUUUUAAUUUUAGACGCAAACGAAUGCAAUAACAAAGAUGUUUGCCGUGGAAGACCAUGCACAAACAUUCCAAGAAGCUAUAAGUGCUCAUGUGGGACUGGUUACUCGGCAACAAAGAAAGGUCGUGAUUGUGAA